UUCAAUUCUAUCUUUUUUUUCCCUAACGCUUUCUCUCAUUAGAUGAAUCAUACUCCUAGCCCUAUAGAGUACUAUGAAACCUCCAAACAACAGAGAUCCAAGAGUCCGAGAUCUCACUCCAUUAGCAUUGACAGAAAGGCGGAUUCUAGUUUGAACGAGGAACCUGUUGUAUUUUCGAAAUCAUUUAGCAAAUUUUCUACCCUAGAAAAUUCUAAUUGCGAUAAAAGCAAAGAUGAUCGUAUAAUCAUUGGUCAUUCUCGUGUCAUUCCUAACAUAAGGAAGCUGCCACCUGAUGGGAAAAAAUCGGAGGAUGUAAAGGCAGUAUACAAGGGUUCGGUCAAAGACACUUUUAAGGCUCUCGAAUUGAAGCCGGAGGAGAAAGAAAAUACCCUUUGCAAAAGAAAGUCGUCCGAUGGCACCUUUUUCGAAAAUUUGAUGAAAAAAUUUUCUACGGGUUCUAUCGAUAAACUGCGAAAGUACGUCAAAGAUCCGAAUAACCAAAGCGGACUCGUGGUGGAGGAAAUAAGUCAAGGAUCCAGUACUUCCGGAAUGUCAUCUUCGCGGAACCUGAUAAUUUCCGCGCGAGACGAGAGAGACAAGAAAAGUGUCGUGGUCGGUAAUUCGAAUCAAACGACAGCAGAAUUUUGUAAAGAAAAAGGGAUCCACGAACCAAUCCAAAACCAGCUGCAAGAUGGUGACAUGUAUCUUCCCAUCUCCCCGGAAGCAUCGACUAAGAAAGAGACCUUGAGUACAGACUUCCCUAAGAAGAUGGAAUGCUUCAACAAAGACAACAUAUGUUCAUCGAGCAAAAUUGUCCCAAAGCAGAUCGAAUCUUUCAAAAAAAUCAUCUUAAAAAAGAAAGACUCAUCUUCGUCUAAAGAUUUGAUGGAGGAUUCCUCGAAUUCCAUUUUUGCAAGGUUGGAAAAAACAUUGCUAUCCGGUUGGAAAAAUGACUCGUUGGGGAAGGGAGGGCAUUCUUCACCUACAAGCACUUACGAGACCUACCGAACUCAACCGAAAUUGGUCAAUGACGCCUGCCAGAAAAAUCUAGAAUCACCUUCUCAAAUCGAAAUGCCGAAAAACGCGUCAACGAAAGAGUCUCCAGAUGAUACUUGCCUGCGACGCCGACGAUUUGCGGCAAAGGAUAGAUGCCCUGAGGAGGAAAGCGAGUACAGGAAAAAUGUGGAGCUUUUCGAAAAGGAAACAUCUGUUUCGAAUGGUAGAAUGAUUCAAUAA